GCUUAUAGUUAUCGUACGCAUUGGGCAGCGGAAAGAUUGCGUAUGUAUAUAAGGAAGGUGCAUAAACCCGAUCGUCGUGGUUUGUUUCGCUGUCUCAAGUACCCAAGGACAACCCACUCGUUUCAAUUCCUGGCCAACAAUAUGCGCUCAUUCUCAUCAAUCGCUUUCUCUACUCUGGUUGCAGCGGCGCUCGCUGCCCCCGCUGCCGACACUCGCACUCUGGAUGAGAUUCAUCAAGCUGCGUUGGAAGAGGGAGGCGUCGUCACCCUCUGGCAUGGGGGUGACGAGAAGUAUCAACAAGAUAGCUUAAAACAAGCGUUCGAAAAACGCUUCCCAGGAAUGACACUGAAUUCGACCGUCGAUCUUUCUAAAUAUCACGACACAAACCUCAACGACCAGAUUGCCAACAACAACGUCUAUGUAGAUAGUAUCAUCUUGCAGACGCUACACGAUUAUCCCCGCUGGAAAGAGCAAGGCGCUCUCCUGGAGUACAAGCCUCUCGAUUUCGACAACGUCGCUCCCGAGUUCAAGGAUCCUGAUGGCGCUUACUAUGGUUAUGCUAUCUUUGGCUGGAGCACGACUUGGAACACAGCCAAGUACAAUGGUAGUCUUCGCGACUUUGGCGAUGCCUUGCGACCCGAGUUGAAGGACAAGAUUAUUGUCACCUAUCCCAACGAUGACGACGCCGUCUUGUACGCUUAUGAUCUUGUCAUCAAAAAGCUUGGUGUCGAAUGGUUCGACGCUCUGUUAGCUCAGAACCCGACUUGGGUCCGCGGCAGUGCCACGCCUGGCAACCAGCUAUCCCUCGCUAAUACCUCAUACGUUGCCGCAUUUGGUACGGGUGGUCGUGCUGGUGGCGGGUCUGUCAAUACCACCAGGCCCACCGACGCUCCCUUCGUUACCUGGCCUCAAACUGCAGCCAUCCUCAAGGACGCUCCCCAUCCCGAAGGUGCCAAGUUGCUUCACAACUGGCUUCUCAGUGAUGAGAGGCAGUUCGCUAACCCUCAGUGGACUGUCCGCAGCGAUGCUCCCGCCAACUUCCCCAAGAUCUUGGAGGAGACGAACACCAACGUGACAGGCUUCGGAGCAUGGAUGAUGGACAGGGCUAAUGUUGAAAGAGUGAGGUUCUGGUUCGAGAAUAGACUCGGAACUGCCCAAGGUCUUAGUCCACUUAACGAUGAUAUGUAA